GUUGACACGCUUUAGGCUACUUGCUUGCUUCCGUAACAAUAACAGCCUACUGCGCAGAACCGGAAUAACAAACUAAAAUGUAGAUCUGGCCCAUCAUCAUGACGAGGAAGCAACAUGGGAGAAGGGCGAGAAAGAAGAGGCAACGGGAGUGCAGAGAAACAACUGUUCAGUCAGUGACACUAUCUCAUGAACCACAAUUUGUGGCUCUAAGAAGAUGGCUGCAACAGAGAGGCUUCAGCUCCAAGCUUCUAGUACCUGCACACUUCUCAGACACAGGACGUGGACUGAUGACCUUACAGCCUAUCAAGGCUGACGAUUUGGUGAUCUCCUUACCUGAAAAAUGCCUUUUAACUACCUCUACUGUUCUAAGGAGCUACAUUGGUGAAUACAUAGAAAGAUGGAAACCGCCUGUGUCUCCUCUCUUAGCUCUCUGUGCUUUCCUCAUCUCUGAGAGACAUUUUGGCCAACGUGCAGAAUGGAAGCCCUACAUCGACGUUCUGCCCAAAAAAUACACGUGCCCUGCUUACUUCUCAGAUGAGGUCAUCAACCUGCUGCCGGGGAGUCUGAGUGGGAAGGCCCUGGAGCAGAGAGCCACAGUUCAGGAGCUGCACUCCUCUUCGUUGGACUUCUUCAGCUCCCUCCAGCCUCUCUUCAGUCAGCCCGUAGAGAGUGUGUUCACGUAUGAUGCGCUGCGCUGGGCAUGGUGCAGUGUGAACACACGCACUGUGUACAUGGAGCACCAACACAGCCCCUACAUGUCCAGGGAGAGAAAUGUGUAUGCCUUAGCCCCCUACCUGGACCUGCUCAACCACUGCCCAGCCAUACAGGUAAAGGCGAGCUUCAGCCAUGUGAGCAGGUGCUAUGAGAUCCGUAGCGUCCAAGGCUGCAAGAGAUUCCAGCAGGCUUUUAUCUGCUACGGUCCCCAUGACAACCAACGUCUCCUGUUAGAGUAUGGGUUUGUUGCUCCUGGAAACCCUCACAGUGUGGUGUAUGUGGACCAAGUUAUCCUUCAACAGUGCAUCUGUAUAACAGACAUAAAUCAGCUGGCACAGAAGCUACUCUUCCUGAAGAAAAAUGACUUUUUAGCAAACUUGACCCUUAGUUUGGAUGGGCCCUCCUGGAGACUGAUGACCGCCCUCAGGCUGCUGUCACUUAAGACAGAACAAUACCCUUUUUGGAAGAGUGUCCUCUUGGGGGCGGUGGUGAGCCAGGACAGAGAGGAGUGGAGUGUCGAUGCAGCCCUUAGGCUUUGUCACUACCUGAUAGUUGACAACACUAGAGCUCUGGACAAGAUAUCCCAACUAACAGAGAGGGCAGACGCGUCUCUCAAGGAGCAGCUAGCUGUGGUGGAAUGUCUACGACGAGAGGAGCAAGGAAUUUUGGGUCUUAACCAGAAACAAUUGUUGCCAAGCAGACAGAACGGCAUGCACAACUUAGUAUGACGUUCCAGAACCAGUCACUUUAUUUAUCACAGGCUAUGCUUCUAUGAGGAGACAACCAUGUCUGUUUCAUUAUCAGUGCAAUGAAUUGGCUCAGCAAAAGGGCACGGUCACUAGCUAUGUUUCCAUUAACUUGUCCAGUGAUUUAUUUUUUUGGUCAACAUUUUGAACGAUUGCAUAGAAAAUAGAUGUGACAAUUGCCUGCUAGGGUGCAUUUCCAUUUAACUAUUUUGUCGAUUAAAAACCGCUGGAUGUAAUAACAUCCCACCAAAAAAACAAUUUACAACAAAACCUAGUGUAGAAUAAAAAUGUGGUUCAAGUGCACAACUUUAGUUUUAGAAGUGUUGGGGACAUACAUUUUUUUUAUCCAAUUGGAUAAACAGCCUACCUGAACACUCAGAGGCAUUGGCAUGGUCCUAAAGCUCAUCGUUGCCUCAUUUUGUAUUACAUUCCAAUUAUAAAAAUGCAAUUUCAGAAUGUGGUGGUGGGGGGGACGGGGACAUGUCCCCAGUGAAGUGAAAGUUGUGCCCCUGGCAACAAUUGACUAAUAUUUGCCAUAUUUUAAUAAUUCUCAUGUGCCAACGUAUAGCCUAGGCUCUAGCGCCCAUGGGCAGGCACUAUCGGCUGCCUAGGCUAGUCUGUGCCAUGUUGAAACUUGCACUGAAAUAAUUGGAAGGUGAAACUUGCAUUCAGCCAACCAGAAAAGCAAGUGGUAGUAUUCUUAAGUCAGGACAAUCCUUGUGCUAUUUUUAUAGUUGGAAAAUUGUUAUUUGUAAGCAGUAGGCAUUUAAUAUUAAAUGUAGAGUGGAUGAUGACAUCACGUGCCCACAUACCCUAAAAGUAUUCAGCAAUCUUAUCCAAAAAACAGUUACUGUCAAUUUGUCGCAACAAAGAAAGUUCGAAGUAUACAAUUUUUGGUCCAUCUUUAGAAAAUGUCUCAUCUGCCAUUUCCAUUACCCGCCGCAAUGAUUUCUUUUGCUACAUUGCUUUUGUUGAAUAAACCUGGGUCAAUGGAAACCUGUCUAUUGAUAGGUCAACGACCUCAGACAUCAGGGGUAUGUUAACGUUUGCUACAUUGCGGAACAGUUUGUACUGAAUGACACAGUUCCCCCAAACUUCUUGUAUGUUCUUGAACAGACUUUGAAAUACGUUUGCUCCGGUCGGUGGGUUUGCCAGGGUGUGGGUUGAAGCAAUGAGUGACAUUUUUAAAGAACAGCUGUGCAUUUUGAACCCACAACCAAAUCCUGCCAUGUUUUGUUGUUUUUCCCCCAAUUGGUCAUUCAGUACAGCAUGGUUUCUGUUCAAUUGAACGUUCUAUUACAUUAUGUACUGAAUGCAGCCCUGUUAACUCUGGCCAAACACAGUGAGGGUCACUUGACAACAGAGCGUUGACUGGAAGGACAAACUAUUUGGAAGUGACCCGUCUCAACACUUCUGAUAUGCCCUCAGAGAGCGGUACAGGUGGACAAUGGUACUUCUCCAAUCCCAGAAAGCCUCCAGAAACAGGACAUUGUUUUUUCCCCACCUUAGAUUAAAUAAUUUAGCAAGAAUUUCUCUGGUCACAAAUGACACACGAAAAGCAGUUGCAGUUUAUGUAGAAUUCAAGCUGGGUCAUGUUCAGUAAGGCACCAAACGGAAUAAAACUUCUAGGUUCUACAGAUGUUUUCUGUUGCAAAUGAUUUGCUACGGUGUGUCAUACUAAACGCCACUGAUGUAUGUGUUGCUCUGUUGGAGGCUGUAAAAAAUGACAAUGAUUCAUGCUUGAGGGUUAACCACAAAGGUUUUUAAUAAAAAGACAAGCCUCAA